AUGAAAGGGAGUGAUUCUAGUUCGCUAAAAUCUGGAUAUCUUCUUGUGGUGAUCUAUUUUUGAAUUAUCUGGGACCGAGAGAGGGGUUACUUUUUGAAUAAUUGACCGCAGAUAUAAUCUCUGUUACUUAUUCUGUAGAUGUGAAUAUGAAUUUGACAUCCAAAUUCGUGCGCAUAAUGUUCCACCUAUGCAAAAUUCAUGAUCCACUUAUUCUGUUUAUUCAAGGCUAACAGUUACUCGAGGUUUAUUCAUAAUAGCUAGACGGAAAGAGAUGAAAAAAUAGACAUACGUCCCAAUUACAGUUCGGUUUCAAGAUCAGAUAAUCACAAAUCCCAGAUGCUUUUUGGUCAUUGGGGAUUCCUAUAAUUGGUCAAAUAAAAGGGCUUAUCCUUUUUUUUUGUCAGACAUCUCUAACUAUAUAACAUCGCUUCAAAAUCAGAUCAGUGAUCUGUUAGGAAAUUCUCCUUCUUGUGAUACCAUCUGAGGGAAAGAUUUUGUGGAAUGAGAAAGGAGCAUCAUGACUGUCGUAACAGUUGUUUCUGGAACUACACAAGGAAGAGCUAAGAUCAGUAUCAAUACCUGCCUAACCAUUUGAAUAAUCUUGUUCUUUUGUAGGGUCAUUCUCACAGCAAUCUAGUAAAAAGUCCCAUUCCCUGUAUUGGUCUGUUGAGACAUAUGCAGGCAGAGGAAACGAUUGACCACAAAAAAAUGAUUUAUUAAGAUGAAGAUUUUUAAAAUGGUUUUGGGUGAUACUUGCAGAAAAAAUAUUGCAUGCACCAACUGUAAUGGAUGAACUUUCAAGCUAUUAUUAUUGUUUAGCCUAUUCCCUUGUUGCGAAUCUCCCUUUUCUAUUCUUUAUAGGCUUUUUUAAUAUGUUUAUAUGAUUGAGGGAUGUGCAUUAUAUUGUACCACUUAACGUUUUUUCUCUGGCAGGUGUCUUUCAUUCUUGGUUAUGUGCCUGUGUUUGUUGCUUGGAUAUAUACCGAAGUGUUGGAAUAUAAAAAGUCGUCAUCUCCUUCCAAAGUGUAAGGAUCGCAUAAUUUCUUUUAGAUCUGCUGGGAAUGUUCAUACGUCUGGCAUUGCUGAUGUUGAUUGUGGAAUAAGUGCUAGAUGAGUAUGCGAAUAUAAGGUUGGUAUGCACUUGUGGUACCAUCCAGUUUCAGAAAGAAAUAAAGGGCUAUUGGUAUUUGCCUCUUUUUGAUUGAGGAUUCUAACUACAUUUUUCUCCACCCACUGUCUACGGUUAAGAACUUUGUUUUAUAGAAAAUGAAGGUGAAUGGCUUUGAUAAGUUUGGAAAUUUUAUGAACCAGGGCAUUGUUUGGUCCAAUAAAAGAAACCCACCAGAGGCUGAAAUUAGUUAACUAUUUUUCAAAUUGAUGAACAAUUUGUACUAAAAUUCAUUGCCACCGGACUUUUUUUUUUUUCCCAUGAACCAGCUGAACUCAUGUUUGCUUGGUUCAUUCCUCUUUUCACAUUUGAUCUAUCAUUGUGGUAGUAGUUUGUUGGAUGUUGUAGGACAAGGUGCUCCGAAGUUUGAUAGGAUAUUAAAAAUGUCCGCUCGUAGUUGCUUGCUAUCCAUAAUAUAUGAACUCUUGUCCAAUAUGAUUUGGAUUCCUACCUUUUUAGUCAGGUAAAAAUAGAAAAUAAUAAAUUUUUGCAUUCAUCAAACAUUCUCGACAAUGUAGAUUGCUUUGUAGAAGGAAAAAAAAGCAUUAUUAUGAUAUCGAUUGAUCAAUUGAUUUCAUUGAUUUUAACUGCUUCUUCUCGGCAUUCAGGGCGUGCCUCUUCUUAGGAAAGCAUCUCAUUAGAUGUGAGAUAAAGAGUUGUGUAGAUUCCUGUGGUUAGUAGACAUCAGGAUCUUGCUCAAAGUGAUCUAGGAUGACUGCAUCGAUGUAGAUUCACCCAUCUGCAUUUUAAGGGCGUCAACUCUUACCAUUUAACUUUAACUUUUCAGACAAUUUUCUUUGCUCAUUCAACGUCAAGCGUUUAAACUUUCUUAAUUCAAGAUCUUUGGAGUGUUAUAUUCUGCUAUUGCUUUAUAUCUCGUCCAUAGAAGAGAGAUGAAUUGGGGUCCACAGGCUUGUUAACAACCCUCUCUCUUUUGUCUCAGUCAUUCAGAUGUAAAUUUGGUAGAGUUGGGAAAUGAACCUGCAAAAGAUGACGAUCGAGCUGUUUUGCUUGAAGGAGGCGUGACAAAGUCUUCUUCUGUGGGAUUUCAGAGUUCUUCUGUUCGAGAAAAUUUAAUCAAGUAUAGAGUUUAUAUUUCUCUUGUUUCAAUCAAGCUUUUUCUUUACACUUACUUUCAUCAAAUGCCUUCACUUCAGGUUUCUAAAAAUGGAUGAGCAAUUCUUGCUUGGAAAUCGUGAAGUUUUCAAGGCCAUGUAAGAUAAUUGUCUCACAAUUAAGUUUCCUUUUGUGGGCGUCUGUCAAAUCAAUUCAUUUUCCUAGCCUUUGAUUGCCCUUUCCAGACUAUCGUCGUCUAGGCUACUCUGAUAUUUUUUUCUGAUGUCUUUGGCCAUGGAGAUUCGUGACCGACUGAACUAUGACUGUUUUUCAGGUCUGAAUUUGGAUUUAUUCUGAUCUAUUUUUAUUUAUGUGACCGGACAAAUGUAUUUCCUCAAUCGAAUAAGGUAUUUUUCUCUCUCCUCUGCGUAGGACCUGCUUUGUGUUAUUCGUGAUUAUUGUGUUUGCUCCUGCCUUCGCCUCUUAAGGAAAAGUCGCCCCAAGCCAGACUUUGGUCUGGCUUUCAAUAUUAAUAGACAUGAAUCUUCUCCUUUCCUUCUAUAUUCUUUGUUCUAGGGGGUUUCAGAUCUUGUCUCACUGCACACUCCUGCAGGGUUUACAGUCUAUCUAAGUUAAAAAAGUUCAUAUUAGAACUGAUAUUUCAAUUUAUCAGGUCAUUCGGCUUAAGUACUUUGGCUUAAUUUUCUCAGAGCCUUUCACUAGCAACAUAAUUAUUUCUAGUAUCCGAGGCUGCGGAUCAUGGGGCUGGGUUGUUGGGCUUUGAGAGCCCAUUGACAGCCAUGCAUAGAAUGUAGGAUGCAGGUGUAUCUGUCUCACCGUCUAUCUCUUGUACAGGGUAUUGGAUUGAACAGUGAAAGCUGUAGAUUAAAGUUGUCACUGUAAUUCAGCCAUUCAUCAUGUUUCAGUGAAUAACAGAUAAAUUUCCACAUGUUAAGGCAAAUGCAUGCGACUACUGUAUACACAUAUGCACGCAUGUAUAUAUGCAUAGACGAUUGUUAGUAUCUAGAUUCUUGCACAUAUUUAUUCAGAACAUACGAUUACUGUAGGUUCUCAGCUAUCUUGCUCUUCAGUUCCAGACUAAAUGCUUAAAAUGAACCUAUAAAAACCUUCCUGACCGACAUGCAUUAAAAACGAAUGGAUUACCCAAAUGUUUCAGUUCCAUAUUGUACGUAUGUUCUUCAGAAUAUCCAGAUUUCUGUGGGAUUCUGUCUCAUUCGCUGUCUCCUGUAGAACUUGGGCUCACGUUCCCUUUCAAUGAUUCUGUACACCACGAGGUCUGGCAAUAUAGUAGAGUAUGUUCUUCAAUGCUGCUCCCAAAUCUUCCUUAUGAGGCCAGUAGAGACAAAGAGGAGUGGUUAUCAGAAUCACAGGGGAGGGAGAGGAGAAUUACGGGUCAUCAGAUAGGGGAGUUGAUUACCUGUUAUCUUUGCAGAACUGAGAGAUGUGCUUGCCGAAGACUGUUCUACCCAUUUUCUCUCACCAUUUCUCACCAUUGUUUGGCAGAGCUACAACCGGGACCUCUUCCUCUUCCUCUACAUUCUUCUGAUCAUCGCAUCAGCCUUGAGUUCUCUCAAGAAGCAUGCCGACAAGUCAGCAUUCUCUGGAAAGUCCCUGCUCUACCUGAAUCGCCACCAGACAGAGGAAUGGAAGGGCUGGAUGCAGGUACCUCCAUCCACAUUGCCUCUCUUUCAAUGACGCCACCUCACUCAUUGAUGAGGACCAAAUGAGUUCUAUUUUGGGCAUUUUCUCACUGACCCGACGGGCAUAACCCCAAUCUGCAGGUCCUCUUCUUGAUGUACCACUACUUUGCUGCGACAGAGAUAUACAAUGCAAUCCGCGUGUUCAUCGCUGCCUACGUGUGGAUGACCGGCUUCGGGAACUUCUCCUAUUACUACAUCCGCAAGGACUUCAGCCUUGCCCGCUUCUCCCAGGUGCGCCCAUUGCCCCCUAGACCAUCCCUUUCCCUUCACCUUUGGCCGUUCCUCAUGUACACCUCUCUCUCUCUCUCUCUCUCUCUCUCUCUCUCUCUCUCUCUCUCGCUUUCCUUCUCUCUGUAAAAUGCAGAUGAUGUGGCGGCUGAAUUUUUUCGUGGCCUUCUGCUGCAUCGUCCUGAACAACAACUACAUGCUGUACUACAUCUGCCCCAUGCACACGCUCUUCACCCUCAUGGUCUAUGGGGCGCUGGGCAUCUUCAACAAGUACAAUGAAGUGCCUUCGGUGAUUGCCCUGAAGAUCCUGUCGUGUUUCCUUGUGGUGGUUCUGGUGUGGGAGGUCCCCGGCGUGUUCGACAUGCUGUGGAGCCCGUUGACCUUCCUCGUAGGUUCGUAUACCGAUUUGGGCAAUCCCCCGACUUCUCACCUCCUAACCCCUCUCGUGGCCCUCCCCGGAAAAAUAACAUCUUUUGUUCUGGGCUGCAGGCUACAGAGAUCCGGAUCCUCUGAAAACAAAGUACCCUGUUCUUCACGAGUGGCAUUUCAGAUCAGGCCUCGAUCGCUACGUCUGGAUCAUAGGAAUGAUUUACGCAUACUUCCACCCAAAUGUAACUCUCUCUCUCUCUCUCUCUCUCUCUCUCUCUCCGAAAUGCUCAGGCGCAGGGCUCAUUCCUUGGUGCUCUCUCUGUUGCAGAUCGAGAAGUGGAUGGAGAAGCUCGAAGAGUCUGAGACCAAGAGGAGAUUAACCAUCAAGACAGGAAUCGUGACGGCCUCUGUCGCGGUCAGUAAGCCAGCAACAGUUUCUCCCUCGGACUGCUCCUCCGAUCCACACAUAAUCUGAUUGAAUCCUCUCCCCUCCCCCUGUAGGUCGGUUACCUGUGGUACAACUACAUCUACACGCUGGACAGGUUCACCUACAACAAGUUCCAUCCCUACACGUCUUGGAUCCCAAUAACGUAAUCACAAACACUUUCUCCAGAUUCCUCGGAAGAACUUGAUCUUGAUCUUGUGUUUUCACUCCCCUUCCUGCUCAUCUCCAUCUGCAGCGUCUACAUCUGCUUGAGGAACUUCACGCAGGAGCUGCGCAACUUCUCCCUGACCCUCUUUGCGUAAGUUGUCAAGAACACCACCCACUUCCCAUUUUUUAGUCUGGUAGCUUAUGGUCGCUCUUUCUUUGCGGCUCUCUGUAGGUGGCUCGGGAAGCUGACCUUGGAGACCUACAUCUCCCAGAUCCAUAUCUGGCUCAGGUACGACUUUUUGCCAUAAAGUCAAAUCUUAAGAAAUCAGGAUCAGGAUGGCUGAUCCACACGCGCCGUGCCGUCGUGCAUAUGCGUCAUGCCACCGUGCACACGCGAUGUGUCGCCGUGCGCAUGCGCCAUGGUGCCAUCAUGCAUAUGCGCCAUGCCAUGCCUGUCUGUGAUGUCUGGCGAGGAACAUACCCUUCUUUUUCUGGUAAAGAAGAUGUGCCAUCGCUGUUCUACCAAGAGGUUCCACAGCUUGCCUAUUAGAUUAUUUGCCCAGAUCAGGGCUCCAAGAAUCUUCUAUCUUGGAAGGAGAUGAGCAGGCCCAUGUUUCCUCCCCUUGAUGGAAUAAAGCUUGAUCUUGUGUUGUUAUUGUUAUACGCACAGGUCCAGCAUGCCCAAUGGUCAGCCCAAGUGGCUCCUCUGCUUCAUUCCCGACUACCCCAUGCUCAACUUCAUGCUCACCUCGACGAUCUACCUCUUCGUAAGCCUCCGCCGCCUCCCUGCCGCCACUCUUCCGCCACUCGAUCUGCGAAGAUUUGCAUAAUUUGAUGCCUCUGAGGUUGUUUUGUUUUCCAUGUUACAGAUAUCCCACCGGCUCUUCAAUCUGACCAACUCGCUGAAGACGGCCUUCCUCCCCACCAAGGACAACCACCGCCUGCUACGCAACAUCAUCGCCGGAGCCACCAUCUCCGCCGCCCUCUACUCCAUCUCCUUCAUCCUCCUCCUCAUUCCCAACCUGGCGGUAGGCCACAGUCAUCCAUCAACCUCCUCCCCAGAGCCCCCUUCUCCUAGCUGA